GUCAUUAGGAGAUCAGUGAGGUGAAGAGAACAUAUAACCGAACGCAGCCGGCAGGUCCUCGGUCACAUGCUAGUCAAGCUGGAUCAGCUGACAUCAGCCUGCUUCUGCUUUUGAUGCGCUUCCUCCUCCAUCGACUGAUAGCGCUUCUUGGAACAGUAUUCUUUCGUUAUCGUACCUUUACUGGCAUCAGAUUUUUGAUUUGAGCCAAGUAGACCUCGCUGGUCCAGCAGGUUAGAGCGCCGGAUAAAUGCUGCUAGAGUGGAUGAUGAACGGACACGCCAUUCUUUAUACGGGGGUCACUUUGGCCUUCUGGAGUACCAUACUAAUCGUCGGUAUCUGCUAUACCAUAUUUGACCUUGGAUUCCGCUUUGAUGUGGCAUGGUUCCUUACAGAGACUUCUCCCUUUAUGUGGGCCAAUCUGGGCAUUGGUUUGGCCAUCUCUCUCUCUGUGGUAGGAGCUGCCUGGGGGAUCUACAUCACUGGCUCAAGCAUCAUUGGUGGUGGUGUUAAGGCUCCACGAAUCAAAACUAAAAAUUUGGUCAGCAUCAUCUUCUGUGAAGCUGUUGCGAUUUAUGGGAUCAUCAUGGCUAUUGUCAUCACCAACAUGGCUGAGAACUUCACUGGAAACACCCCUGAGACCAUCGGGGCAAGGAACUACCAAGCUGGUUACUCCAUGUUUGGAGCUGGUCUGACUGUGGGCUUUUCCAACCUUUUCUGUGGAAUCUGCGUUGGUAUUGUGGGCAGCGGAGCUGCUUUGGCAGACGCCCAGAACCCCAGUCUCUUCGUGAAGAUUCUGAUUGUGGAAAUCUUUGGCAGUGCAAUCGGCCUGUUUGGUGUCAUUGUAGCUAUUCUGCAGACGUCGAAAGUAAAGAUGGGUGACUAGAAGAUGCAUUCACAUGCUGAGAAGAGAAAUACACUGCUGGAAUAAUAAGAUGGAUUAUUGUGUAAAUACAUCGUAAAUUAUUUAAAUGUCUAUUUGCCCGGUAUUGUUUUUGACCAUCAUUCAUUCAAGAGUGGUACGUGCAUGCCCUACUGUUGUGUCUGGAGGAAAACAUGAAUGUUGGAUAGGAAAAAAAUGUGCUUUUAUUGUGCAUUUUUUUGUUGAUGAGAUGAUAUAAAUGUGUGUAAGCAUUUAUCUGGAUGAGUAGUACAAGCAGAAAUGUAAAUGUUGUAAAGGACUGUAGGUGAAGGCUUGUCUCCUAACACCAGCCAGUCUGCAGUUUUAAGAUACUGACAUCUUGCAGCUGCAUCCCAUGGAUUGAUUCACUCUCUGAAUUAAAGGAAAGCUUUAUAUGGGUUGGCACAUUUCCACGGCAUCAUUUUCUUCUCACCACUCUUGCUGAAUGGUAGUUAAAAAUAACACUAGAGUAUUUGAAAUUAUUAGUGUGUGUGCGUGUGUGUGUGUAUGCUGGACAUGUGAUCUCUUUUUUUUUUCUUUUUCCUGUGAAGCAUGAGGUUGUUUAUCAUUGUGUUUGUAGCCUGGUCUGUCAGUUUGUGUAUUUUUUUUAAAAAUCUCUUCUUUGCUAAUAAGCAAGUGGUCCUUAAUCCACACAGUGGCCCAAAUACAGUACAUCGUAAUAGUGAUGGUACCUUUCUGAAGUUCAAAUUGGAGUCUUGGAGUCUACAAUCAUUGCUAAAGUCACAGAAUAGUUUUUUGGAGGCCAAAUGGAGACCGAUCCCAGCAGAAUGUGUGCGCUAAAGGUGGCAUUCAUUUCCUAAGCUGUGGAAAAUGUUAAAUCACUACGAUAUUGCUCAUUAGAACUCUCCAUAUAGGAUCAGUUUGUCCAAGAUGUUAUUAUCCUGUAGUUUUUAUAUAGAUAUAUCCAUGUAAGUUAGGGUUGUAUAGUGUUGGCUGAGAGGAAGCCAAAAGAAAUCUUUGCAGAAACCCUUUGCCCAUAGUGUUGUGAACAGAAGUCAACAGGUUUACACAGAAGCAACAAUAACCUCAGUGUGAAACUGACUUACAGGAAAUCUUAAAUGUCAAAACUGCUCUGUCCUUCUUUAACCUUACAUGUACACUGACAGGAAAUGAGAAUUUAUUUUGCCACCAUUACCAUUGAGUAUUACUAUCUACUCAGUAGUAACUGUUCACCGUCAUUGUACUGGAGGGUUUACAGGAAAAUAAUUCUUUAUAGAUGCAGUGAUCCACUGACUCGGAUUAUUUGGAAAUCUCAGCUGGUCUGUUUCCCAAAUGUGGGUGAAAACUGUGGACUAUUACAGAUAAUCACAAAUACAGAUUUUUAAUAAACCCUUAUUUACACAAAAAUUUAAUUUCACAAAUAUCUGUAUUGCUUUGUUUUAAACUCUUGUUUUGAAUGUACAUGUUAACGUUUGACUACAUAGAGUCAAAAUGUCAACUAUUCACAUCUGUGUUUUUGCAUGAUUUUCUAGCAUUCCUUAAAGUUUCCUUCAUGUGUGUGGGUAGAAACCGAUGUUGGACUCCUGCAGCGUCGCAACAAAGCCAUCAUUAAAUUGUUGAACCAUUGUUCUUGUCAGCUGAUGGUUUCAGUGUUUACAUGUGUUAUACAGACUGUUUUUCUGCUUCAUUUUCUAAUCGUUUGGCUUUCAGCAGCCAGUAGAAUUAUAGUGGAGGUGGGCUCCAAUGAAAACGUCAAAAUACUGCAACAUAUAGUCUGAUGAUUGGUGGUGAUGUAUGGAAACAUAUUAGUAACACUGAAGUUCUUGAUGCAUCAUUCCAGAGAGAUGACAGACCACGGCUAAUUGUGAAUCGUCUCAUAUCUUGUAAUUUUUCCUCCACACUUCUUCUGAAAGAGUGUAAACGUUGAACCUGACAUGGGGAAAGGGAAUUGUCUUGAUGUCAGGUGUCAAAGCAGUGACAUGGUCUUUGGUGACCCAGGCUCUGUACCGGACCCCAGGCUUUCAGUGACUGUAGAUGGUACUGUGUGUACGUUAUGUUGACGUGAUGGUGAUCAGCAAAUAACUCAUUGUUUUUGACAUUGUGUAUAAUAUUAACAAAAUCAGACUUUUCUUCUGGCUUCAUAAAUGUCCUCGAGAAAAUAAAAUGGUUCAGUCAA